AUCACGCCCCGAGCUGUCUGUUUACGCAAUAUCCUGAGAACUUCUCUGUUUUCGUCAGCGACCUUCCGUCUUGCUGACAUGUUGUAUAUAAAGAUCUAUAUCAUCGCUUUGAACUUAACGUUUCUGAAUCAUUCUGUACUGUGCCACGAUCGGAGCAACACGUCUUUUCUUCCUGAAACAUACGAAUAUCUGUGUUAUAUGUAUAUGAGUAUUUUCAUUCACCACUAUGCCUCAUAAUGCGGGCUCGUUGUUUAUGUCCAGCUUCUUACUUUCUUUUCUUCUUAAAGAUACGUCGCUCUAUGUAGCUACGCUACAAGAAGAAUCCAAUGCCGGUGCUUUUGAAUGCGUGAACACCAAAGUUGUGUCGUAUUUGACCGUAUGCGAUGGAAAAGACGACUGUGGCGAUAAUUCGGAUGAAACAAAUUGCACCUAUACCAUGACCUCGAAGCUUCUUCCUCUCCACUGUUCGUACACAAAUAUAACUUAUAUGUGCAAACACGCGAAUACGUGUAUACCACAGGAAAAAUUUUGCGACUCAGUAGAAGAUUGUCCGGACGGAAGCGACGAAUACAAAGAUUGCACGCACGAUUUACAGUGUAACAAUAAAUAUAAGUGCAAUGACGGACAUUGCAUACGAAAGAACUGGGUUUGCGACGGCAUAAGAGAUUGUCCCGACGGUUCCGACGAGUUAUGUGAGAUUUCGAAAAGAUCCGCAAAACAAUGUAUACCUGCAAAUAAUAUGUAUUUGUGUCAAAACAAACGAUGCAUCUUUCUUGACAUGGUGUGCGAUAACGUGGAUGAUUGCGGAGACCUUUCGGACGAAGGUGGUAAUUGUAAAUCAUCGUGUUCGAAUAAUUGCGAGCAUAAAUGUAAGAGUACGCCUACAAAAUCUGUGUGCACCUGUCCGACAGGUUUCAAAUUGAGCAAUGAAACUUCAUGCGAAGAUAUCAACGAAUGCGAGACUUUCGGAAUAUGCGAUCAGUUGUGCGAGAACACGAAAGGGUCGUACAAAUGUUCCUGCAAACAAGAUUACAGAUUGCAGAGUGACAAGAAAACCUGUCAUGCAGCAGGUAGCGGUGAAGCUAUACUGUACUUCACAGAUAUAAAACAAAUUCGCGGAAUAUUUCUGAAAUCGAGAGAAAAUUUUUUAGAGCACGAAAUACAACGUAGUCGUUUUAUCACGAGCAUGGCUAUGAACAAAGAUUAUAUAUAUUGGAGUAAUAAACGGAUCAUCUACUUAAGUGACUCGAAAACAGUUCAUGAUGUAAAAAUGGUUACAAUAGGCCUGAAAAAUAUACAAAGCAUGGCUGCGGAUUGGAUUACGGGCAAUUUAUAUAUCGCAGAUUGGUAUUUUGUCGCGGUUUGCACUUAUAAUGGCUCUUAUUGCAAAGAAUUAUUGACUAUCACAAAUGGACAACCAAUAGCACUAGCUCUAUCACCACCCAACGGAAUAAUGUUUGUGAGUUGCACGGUUCAUCAAUACCAGAUAGCAUUAUCCACAUUCAUAAUAAAGGCGGAUAUGGAUGGAACGAAUAGCAAGCCAUUCGUUAUUUCAGACGUAGGAUAUUCUGCUGAGAUAACCGUUGAUCACGGAACAGAUCGAGUAUAUUGGGUUGAUACGAAAUUAUUUAAGAUCGAGUCUAUACGUUUAGACGGCACCGAUCGAAGAGUGUUGAAAGAAAACUUGUUGGCGGGUCCAGUUUCCAUAAGUGUUUUCGAAAAUUACGUAUACUGGAGUAGUAACUUAACUCAAGACAUAGAAUAUUGUAAUAAGUUUAACGGGAAAGACUGGAAGACGUUAUAUCGCGCAAACGAUCUACCUCGUAACCUUUAUAUUUCUCAUUUAGCUGCAAAACCUAAGAUACAAAAUCCAUGUGAGCAACAUCCGUGUCCCGAGUUGUGUCUGUUGAAUUCGAAUAAGAACUACACAUGCGAUUGUACUUCUCAGAAAAAAUUUGUCGGCAACAUGUGUUUAGAAUCGACGGAAGUGGAAAAUGUGAUUGCCAUCUGUGAGGAACACUUCGUACAUUAUUAUAACGGAAUGAUAGGAGAAGAAAACAUAAUUUCUAUGGAUGACUUUGCGCUGAUCAAGGAAGCAACUUGCGACCCACUAACUGGUAACAUAAUUGCGUUCGACAAUUCUUUCUUGAAAAUCAUUUGUUACAAUCCUCAUACUGGCAAUAUUACUGAUUUAUUGCCGUUCAAGGGCUUAAUACAAGGAAUGACAGUUGAUCAUAUCGGUAAUAAUUUAAUAAUAUCUCACGAAGAAAAGCGCACUAUUGAGGUGAUCAGCAUGACAACUUGGAAGAAAACGGUCUUUUACUUUAAGGAUAUUCCCAAGUCUGUUGCGGUAGUGCCUGAACUAGGCUGGAUGUUCGUGGUUUUCACGAUGCGGAACGACGGUUCCUAUAAUAGUUCUUAUAUAGAAAGAGUGCGUAUAAACAAUAUCUACAUGAGAACGAGAUUUAUAUCCGGAGGUUUCGUGGGUGACCAUCGGAUAUCAUUGUUCUACGACAGAUACACAAGUAGACUUUUUGUGGGCGACUAUUUGUUCGGUCGUAUCUCAUCGUACAGCGUUAAAGAAAUCAUCCAUAGCAACAUAGGAAAUUAUUAUUAUGUUGGACCUGAGAGAUUGAUAAGCAUUGCUGUCACCAAAGAUAAAGUUUACUGGACCGAAAAGAAUGCAAAUGAGUUAUACUGGACAUGGAAAAGUAACGUAAUAACAUCGUCGCAUUCUAUUCUUAAGAAUGUCGCGCUUAUAUUACCUGUAAGACGGUUAUUACCGCUCGUGACUGUUCAGUUCCAAAUUCAAGAUAUCUCCAAAAUCGGUUGUCGCGACAAUAAUGGUAAUUGUUCACACGUGUGCUUGCCUACUUCAAUUAGCACAUAUAUUUGCGCUUGUCCACCUGGAAUGAUGCUAAGCGCAAACAACCAUACGUGUGAGAUACUAUCCAUAUGUCGGGAUGGUGAAGUUAAAUGCAUCGAGCACAAUAUUUGCAUAAAGCACGAACAAUGGUGCAACGGCGUCCCGGAUUGUCCGAGUAAUGAAGACGAGGCGCACAAUUGCGAGCAAAGCGACAACACUUGCGCGCACGGUCAGUUUAAGUGCAAGAACGGCGAAUGCGUAAGCUUGAAGAGUCGUUGCAACUCCCAAUUUGAUUGUCAUGAUAAGUCGGAUGAAGAGGACUGUGUCUUUCCAAAGAAGUGCCGGCAUAACCAAUUUCGAUGCAUGGACGACAGCAAGUGCAUACCUGAAAUAUUCGUAUGCAACGGCCGGGAAGACUGUGACGAUGUCUCCGAUGAGGCAGGUUGUGGUGAUAAAACUUGUUCUACGGACGAGUUUAGAUGUAAAUCCGGACAGUGUAUUCGAAAAGUAUGGGAAUGCGACAGCGAGGCGGAUUGCCAGGACGAAUCAGACGAACAUGAUGAUUGCACCUCUCCGACAAAAUGCGCGGAAAAGAAAAUGUUCUUCUGCGCCAACGGUCAUUGCAUAUCCCAAUUAAUGAGGUGUAACGACAUGGACGAUUGCGGCGAUAACACCGACGAAAUGUUUUGUACUAACCAGACGUAUACUCGUCACACCGAUAACGAGUGCUACCUCGAUGAAUAUCAGUGCAACAACACCAAUAUAUGUAUAUCACGAGUUGUAUUAUGCGAUGGCGUUAGAAACUGUCCGCAAGGCGAUGACGAAAACAGUUGCACGAAGUGCUACGCAGAUGAAUUCACCUGUCGCAACGGAGAGUGCAUUGAGAAAGAGUUCGCAUGCGACGGCGAAGCCGAUUGCAUGGAUGGAUCGGAUGAAGAGAACUGCUUCGGCAAUGGCGGUAACGUAACAUCCGAAUGUGAAGAAUACGCGUGUUCUGACGGCGUUUGUAUACAGUUCGUACAAGUGUGCGACAAUCUGGCGCACUGCCACGACGGUAGUGAUGAAAACGGAGGAUGCGCAAACGCCUGCACGUUGCUCGGCAAUGUUACCUGCGAACACACAUGUUACAAAGCGCCGAACGGCGGGAUUUGCCGUUGUAACAAAGGAUACUACUUAGCUAACGACAAAAUGUCCUGCACAGACAUAAACGAGUGCGAUCACAACGUUUGUCAGCAGACUUGCCACAACACUGUAGGCUCCUAUGAUUGCUCGUGCUAUGAUGGUUACACCCUUCGUCCUGACAAUCUUGGUUGCAGAGCUCUCGGAUCGCCAAUGAAAUAUAUCUUCGCCACUUCUACCGGUAUCAAGAAGCUGUCGAUAAGUUUCGCCUUCGUUGACAUGCUCCACGAGGACACGACUGUGUCACGAGUCGACGUGAACGAUAUCACCGGCAAUAUUUACUGGACUAGCGACUAUUAUAAUACUAUCAACAAACUCGACGUUACAACUAAAACCAUCUUUACCAUUGAGGAUUUUUAUCCAAUAUCGCUCGCGGUCGAUUCAAUUUCUGACAAUGUCUACGUCAGUAACGGAAAUAAUAUUAAGGUAUGCAACAUUGAGCAAAAGAAAUGUGUGACACUGAUAAGAACAAAAAAGGGCGAGAGAAUAGUAAAAGUCUUAGUCGACGGGCACAACAGAAAUCUAUAUUGGAUUGCGCACAAAGGCGUGAGUGAAAUAUUACGAUCGGAUAUGAUGGGAAACAAUAAAAAGAUCAUUGUCCAAGACACAGGCAUUGCGAAUGCGCUAGCGAUUGAUUUUACAAAAUCAAGAUUGUACUGGUUGAGAAUUUCGCAGAAGAUAAUUGAAUCAUCCGAUUUGGAUGGACAUAACCGCAAAACGCUCUUAUUUCUUAAGGAACCUAUCUUUGAGAUGCAUAUUUUUGAAAACGAGUUGUAUUCGUUCUUGAAUGGCUACAUGACAAGAUGCAAAUUGUACGGCAACAAAGCGUGUCAUCAUAUUCGCAUAGAGGCGACCAAAGACGGAAAUGAUUUCGUCAUCGAACAUAUUUCUAAACUUCCAUAUAACUCGGUGAUGACGUCUCUUGGUGAGAAUCCUUGCAAGAAGCUGAAUUGCACUUUUAUGUGUGUUGUGAAAACUCACCCCACAUGCAUUUGCGAAGAUGGCACAUCGGUAGAAGUCAAUGAAUCCUGCACAGGUAGCAAAGAAAAGAGAAAGAAGACGGAUGACUACAGAGGCAUUAUUGUCCUAUCAAUAUUAGGCGCAAUGCUUGUUACAGGUCUACUUUAUUAUUGUUAUCGAAAAAAAUUGUUAAACUGCUGGAGAAGAAUUAAAACCGAUAAUACAGUGCUUUCCUUCCGUAAUCUAUUGUACGAUCAAAAUACGGACGGUCUGUUCGAUUCAGCCGAAACUGUUGCAAUUUCAAGUGUAUCUUCAAACUCGAGUCUGAAAAACUGUACAGACAAAUUUUCUAAAAAGCACGAGUAUGUAAAUCCUCUUACCAGUGAAGUACUACAGCCACGACCUAGAAGAAAAUGCACAAAAACAGAACGAACAGAAUCAAUGGACUCGGAAGAGACUGAAGAAAUGAGCAAAACUCAUAUCUUAAUUAAUAUCGAGCAAUAAUAUGAUCAUAAUUUUACUUAUGUGCAAGUUUUUGGGCUAACAAUUUAGUAUAGAUAGAUAGAUAGAUAAGCUAAAAGCAGGGGGCUUGUGAGUGCCUUUUGUCACCUAGAUCUAUAAGAUCCUCUGCAACUCCCGCCAGUAGUUUAUCGUCCAGGCUGUUUUAGCCCGGCAUUUGCUGCCAGGCUACACAGGUGGCCGAUAUUGUGUAUUUUCAGGUCUUCGGGGUCCACGAACAUGGAGCCCAGAGAUCUGAACCUCUUGAGUACUAGAGACGGGUAGCGACACAGUAUGUGCACGCUGUCCUCCCUUUCCUCACCGCAAAAUCUACACCUACUCUCCUUGACUAGGCCUAA